AUGUCUCAACCGCUGCCUCCUCAAGAUCCAAUCCCAAAUCGCCUACGAGAUUUGGUUGCUCUCAUCACUGGAGCCGCGGGGAAUAUCGGCCUGGAAUCUGCUCGUCGGUAUCUUCUUGAAGGUGCAAAAGUCGUGCUGGUAGACAUCAAUCCGCAGAGACUGGCCCAGUCAAAGGAGGAGCUGAUUGGUGCGAUCAGAUAUUUACCUGAUGGGAAGGAUUUGGAUCCAGAUGAUUUGAUCCUCACUGUUCAGGCGGACGUUACUGCCGAGGAGGAUGUCCAGCGAUAUGUUGACGAAAGCACUCGGAAAUUCGGCAAGAUCGAUGUUGCACUACUCUGCGCGGGCAUCUCAUAUUCGUCAACUAGUAUUCUGGAAACAGAUGUCAGCCAGUAUGACAAGGUUAUGCAAGUGAAUUGUCGAUCCGCUUUCCUAGGCGUGAAGCACUGUGGUCAAGCCAUGAAAGACUCCGGGAAAGGAGGGAGCAUUGUCUUGAUCUCUUCAAUCGCCGGUCUCCGUGCGACACCUGGCCUGUCAGCAUAUUCCACUUCUAAGUUCGCUCUACGAGGCCUCUGUAUCACUGCCGCCGCUGAACUUGGCCAGCACAAUAUUCGUGUCAAUACGGUCCAUCCAUGUGGUGUCAAUACACCCAUGUUUCUGGCCGCCUGGCCCGAGGAAAAGAUGAAGAGUAUGCUAGCAACUGUUCCUCUUGGUAGAUGGGCAGAGGUGGCGGAUGUUGCGGCCCUAUUGGCAUUUUUGGGAAGCGCGGACUCUCGGUUCAUGACUGGUGGAGCUCUCAAG